UACAAGACGGAGCUGUGUAGGAGCUGGGAAGAGACGGGCGCGUGUCGGUACGGCGUGAAGUGCCAGUUCGCGCACGGGCGAGACGAGCUCCGCCCGGUGUUGAGGCACCCAAAGUACAAGACCGAGGUGUGCCGGACGUUCGCGCAGAACGGCACGUGCCCGUACGGGACGCGGUGUAGAUUCAUUCAC